AGCCGCCGCUAUGUGCAGGGAAUAACGCCGGGGCCGUUGCCAGAGGGACACCGAGCGCUCCGCCCUCGCUCCCGCAUCCCGCGGGAUGCCGGCCCGCUGAGCACCCGCUAGCGACGGCCCCUCCCCGGCGCGCGAGCCUCCUCGGAGGGGAUGACGUAGCUUUGCCAAGGAUUUAUCAGCUAAGCAGAAAAUGAGCUUAACAUCCUGGUUUUUGGUGAGCAGUGGCGGCACCCGACAUAGGCUGCCACGAGAAAUGAUUUUUGUUGGAAGAGAUGACUGUGAGCUGAUGUUACAGUCACGGAGUGUGGACAAGCAACAUGCUGUACUCAACUAUGAUGCCUCUACAGAUGAACACUUGGUGAAGGAUUUGGGCAGCUUGAAUGGGACAUUUGUGAAUGAUGUGAGGAUUCCAGAACAGACAUACAUCACUCUGAAGUUAGAAGAUAAAUUGAGAUUUGGAUAUGAUACUAAUCUUUUUACUGUGGUCAGGGGAGAGAUGAGAGUCCCCGAAGAAGCACUUAAGCAUGAAAAAUUCUCAAGCCAACUCCAGUUAUCCCAAAAAUCUUCAGAGGCAGAAGGAUCGAAACAGAGCAGCUCCAAAAGUUCAGAGUCCAAGGCAGCAGACUCCACAGCUGAAGUCCACCACAAAACUACAGAAGCACUGAAAUCUGAAGAAAAAUCAGUGGAUAUUUCUGCCAUGCCUCGUGGGACACCUUUGUAUGGGCAGCCAGCCUGGUGGGGUGAAGAUGAAGCUGAUGAAAAAGGUGGUUGUAAGCCAGAUAGGAAACAUGAAGAAAAAAUGCCUGAGACAGGGGCUUCAGGAUGCAGCACAGAUGCCAAGCAAUCUGAGGAGCAAUCUGCAUCUGCAAGUGAAGAACUUUAUCCUUUCUGCAGGGAGCCCAGUUAUUUUGAAAUCCCUACUAAAGAGUGCCAGCAAGCUUCACAGGUAGCAGAGAGCACUAUUCACGAAAUUCCCACAAAAGAUACUCAAAGCCCCCACGCAGCAGCUUCAGGGCACGCUUCCUUUACCAUUGAAUUUGAUGACAACACUCCAGGAAAAGUAAAGAUCAAGGAUCAUGUGACAAAGUUCACGUCGGAGCAGCGCCACAAGUCGAAGAAGCCUUCGUCCUGCAGCGGGCAGGACCUGCCGGGGCUGCAGACGGUGAUGAUGGCAGCCGAGAGCAAAGUGGCAGAUUGGCUGGCGCAGAACAAUCCUCCGAGAAUGAUAUGGGAGCCCACAGAGGAGGACUCCAAAAGUAUCAAGAGUGAUGUUCCAGUGUACCUGAAGAGGCUGAAAGGGAAUAAGCAUGAUGAUGGCACACAAAGUGAUUCGGAAAAUAUUGGUGCACACCGGCACUACAGUAAACGGGCGGCACUUGAGGAGCACUUAAGGCAUCAUCAUACAGAGCUGAAAAAGUCACACCAGAAAGUCCAUUCCACAGAAAAGCAGCAAGAACAAGCUGGUUUGAGUCAGACUGCCUUUAUGAUUGAGUUUUUUGAUGAAGACCAUCCUCGCAAGAGACGUUCUUACUCUUUUUCUCAGAAUGUAGGAGCUCUGGGCCCAGAAUCUCCAUCUCCGACAUCUCAUGCACGAGCUGAAAGAGUGAAACCUGCAUCAGGAGAGAAAGUCCCUUCACCUGUGCAAGCCAGCACAUCACACCACAGAGCAGUACAUGGUGUUCAUGCCAAACUUCUAAACCAGAAAUCAGAAGAACCCUCUGCUGCGUUACCUGCCUUACAAGCUGCGUUGUUAAGGAGUUCAGGAAGCUUUGGCCAUAGGCCUACUCAGAACCAGGAGAUGGACAAAAAGUUGAAGAGCCAACAUAUUUCUGCUGCUACUGAAAAGGACAAUGAGGAUGACCAGAGUGACAAAGGUACUUACACUAUUGAGUUGGAAAAUCCCAAUCCUGAAGAAGUGGAAGCCCGCAAAAUGAUUGACAAGGUAUUUGGAGUGGAUGGCAGCCAGGAUUAUAAUAGGCCUGUUAUCAACGAGAACCAGAAAGAUUUAGUAAAAGAUUGGGCUAUAAAUUCUGCUACAGUAGUGCUGGAAGAAAAAAGACCACUGAGUACAACUGGAUUUCUUGACACAGAGGAAGGCUCUGCUAACCCUGGAAGUAAACGUUGGGUGUCACAGUGGGCCAGUUUGGCUGCUAAUCACACUCGUCAUGACCAAGAUGACUUGAGAUUGGAGUCCUCUGUGCCUGCUCCAUUAGAAAAUGACACAGACAUCAGUGAGUCUGGUAUUUCUGUAAGAAGUGCUGGUUCAGCUGCUUCUCUGACCAGCCAAGGUGAGCGAAAGAGGAGGACACUUCCACAGCUUCCCAUAGAAGAGAAAGUAAAUGAAAAUUUAAAACCAAAACCUGUAUCUCAUCAGAGGUCAGAAAUAGGUGAAAAGCAAGACACUGAACUUCAAGAGAAAGAAACUCCAGCUCGUGCCUCAGAUGCUAAGUCAAGCAGAACAAUGAAUGGUCUUUCACCCAAAGCUACUGGAGACAAAGUGUUUUCUUUUCCCAGCUCUUCUAGUAAAGAGAGAGUUGAAACUGGCAGAGAAACUUCUGUGGUAAAACAAGCUUUAGCAAAAAUUCAACAACAAGAAAGAAAGGAGCAAGGACACUGGACACCUUCAAAAUUAUCCUCUACAAAAUCUGCUGCAAACCAGAUUGAGAAAGGUAGGGAGGAGAUUGUUAUGUCACCCAAAACUUUGGAUAAUCAAGAAAAUGCUCCUGGACAUGUUACAGAUAAAGCAGAAAUUAAAUUGGCACAGAUUGAGGGAAAAAGAAGAAAAAAUGAGGAAAUCAUUAGAGGACAAAGUCCUAAAGUUCUUGCAGGAGAUAAAAAGGAAUCUUCAAAACCCUUAGUGAGGCAAGGUAGCUUUACUAUAGAUAAGCCUAGCACAAAUAUACCUAUAGAACUUAUUCCUCACAUUAAUAAGCAGAGUGGUUCUGCUGCCCCUUUAGUAUCUGCAAACAGGUUACGUGACAGAAGUGAUUCGAUGGACACUGAUUCCAGUAUAGAUACAACACUAAUCUUAAAAGACACAGAAGCUGUAAUGGCUUUCCUUGAAGCUAAAUUGCGUGAAGAAAAUAAAACUGAUGAAGGUCCUGACACUCCUAGUUAUAACAGAGAUAACUCCAUAUCACCAGAGUCAGAUGUCGAUACAGCCAGCACAAUCAGUCUAGUUACUGGUGACACUGAAAGAAAAUCCACGCAGAAGCGGAAGAGCUUUACAAACUUAUAUAAAGAUAGAUGUUCCACUGGUUCUCCUUCAAAGGAUGUUUUAAAAUCUUCUACAAGUGCUAGAGAAAAGAUUGAAAAGAAAACUAAGAGUCGAUCUUCAGAUGGUGGGUCUAGAGCUGACGCUCGCAAAACUGUGCAAUCCAGUGGAAGAAUGAGGCAACCAUCAGUAGAUUUAACAGAUGAUGACCAAACAUCCAGUGUACCUCAUUCUGCCAUUUCUGAUAUCCUAUCAUCUGACCAGGAAAACUACUCUGGCAAAUCACAUGGAAGAGUUCCUUUCGCCUCAGCAGAUGAACUUGUACAUUCCAAGAUGGAAGGAAAGUCAGCUAAAUCAAAAACCUCUCCUGUUGGACUUGGGCAGUCCAGUAAAUCUACCACUCUUCCAAGACCUCGUCCCACAAGGACUUCUCUGUUGCGCAGAGCCCGCCUUGGUGAAGUCUCAGAUAGCGAGCUUGCCGACGCCGAUAAGGCUUCGGUCGCUUCCGAAGUGUCCACUACGAGUUCUACUUCAAAACCUCCGUCGGGGAGGAGAAACAUUUCCAGGAUAGACUUACUGGCCCAGCCUCGCAGGAACCGACUCGGCUCUUUAUCAGCACGCAGCGACUCUGAAGCAACAAUAACCAGGAGUGCUGCCUCACCCCGUACCCCAGAAGCAAUCAUCAGGAGUGGCUCAAGGCUGAUCUCAGGAGACAGCGCUAAAGUUUCUGCUAGAACUCGAGCCAAUAGCAUUUCUCGACUUUCGGAUUCAAAAUCCAAAUCCUUGGCCUCGGCUCAUAAUUCUCCCUCAGUAAGUGCAAGAUGGAGGCGCUUUCCUACAGAUUAUGCUUCCACCUCAGAAGAUGAGUUCGGAUCAAACCGUAAUUCCCCUAAACAUGCCCGUCUGCGUACCUCUCCAGCCCUGAAAACCGCGCGCCUGCAGAGCGCUGGGACAGCAGCUCAAAGCAGCAACACCUUCAAGCACAGGAUAAAGGAGCAGGAAGACUACAUUCGUGACUGGACUGCCCACCGGGAAGAGAUUGCAAGGAUCAGUCAAGAUCUGGCUCUCAUCGCACGGGAAAUCAACGAUGUAGCAGGAGAGAUAGAUUCAGUGACUUCAUCAGGCACUGCCCCCAGUACCACAGUAAGCACUGCUGCCACCACCCCUGGCUCUGCCAUAGACACUAGAGAAGAGGUAGGAGAUCUUCAUGGAGAAAUGCAUAAGUUGGUGGACCGAGUAUUUGAUGAAAGUCUCAAUUUUAGAAAAAUCCCUCCAAUAGUGCAUGCGAAACCCCCGGAAGGGAAUGGUCGGCCUAGUGAUGCCAGACCUCAGCUGACAGAGGCCCUCGAUCCCCCAACAAUUACCCGCAGAAGGACUUGGAGCAGAGAUGAAGUUAUGGGGGACAGUUUGCUGUUGUCCUCAGUCUUCCAGUUUUCUCGCAAGAUAAGACAAUCCAUAGACAAAACAGCUGGCAAAAUCAGAAUAUUAUUUAAGGAUAAGGACAGAAAUUGGGAAGAAAUUGAAAACAAGUUACGAGCUGAAAGUGAAGUUCCUAUUGUGAAAACAUCAAGCAUGGAAAUAUCAUCAAUCUUACAGGAACUGAAACGGGUUGAGAAGCAGCUGCAAGCAAUUAAUGCCAUGAUUGACCCUGAUGGUACCCUGGAUGCUCUGAGCAACUUGGGAUUCACCAGCUCCAUCCUGGCAGCUCAGCCGAAGCCGAAGUCCAGCCCUGUUUGCCAAGGCCCCCGGCCGGCAGCGCAGCCCAACUGCCAGCCCGAGGCCCGGGCUGCCCGUCCCGCCACCGGCCCUGCGGCAGCCGAAUUGGAAACUGCUGAAUCCGAGGCAGAUUUCAGCAUACAUUUCAAUAGGUUUAACCCAGAUGGGGAAGAAGAAGAUGCCACCCUGCGUGAGUGACAUCUCAGUGUUUGAUACAAAAACCUUUCAUGUGGAAUGUUUAGAAAUCAAGGAAAACUUAUAAUGUUUGUUUUUAUAAUUAAAAAAAAAAGGCUUGGUCAAACAGUUGUUUUAUUAAACCAGUUUUCUUUAAUUGUGAUGCUUUGAUUGUCACACAAAUACUUUUCAAAUCAUAAAGAUAUGCAUAGAUACCAGUGUAGGAAAGCAGAUUGUGGCAGGUUUGCCCUUUGUGGUUGUGUGCUUUGCAAAAGAAUUAUUAUAUCAGCAGUUUUCCCUUAAUAAAUUUAUUUCUUUUUAAAAGCCAUGCAAGCAGUCUAACAUUUACCGAAAACCCCAAUCUCUUUGCCAAGCUGCUCUGAUAAACAGACUUCCUCCUCUAAAGCUUGUACAGAACUGUUGAACAGUUAUGUUUGAUUCUGAAUUAGAUGAUUUAUAUAGGAAACAUUAUCUUGGACUACAAUGACACAUUACUGCAAAAGUAAGACAGAUUUCAGAAAGCAUUCAUUCUCAUGUACUGGAAAAUCUCAAACAGUUCUGUGGUUUAUGUAACCUUGUUGCUGCGUAAAUUGUCUUGGGGUUUACAAAUAAGUUCACAUAUUAUGUUUGCACUAAGAUUUGCUGGGAGUGGUAGGUGAACAUAUCGAUAUCAUUGAA